CCUGACGCGCUAGCUACAGCAGGCAAUUACAGCAGCGACGUACCGAGGGAGGGUGGCCACCGAAACUAAUCAAAAGGGCCGUCCAGCACCUGAACCAUCAAUCGGGUUUGGGAGUGAAGGCGAUCAAUCAGCCUGCGGUUAACCUUCGGAAGAAACGCGGAAGCGUCAUUCACCGUCAACGUGUUUUUGAGUUACUAUCGGUGACAACAUGGCUGAGUGUAACGUUAGCAUCGACAUGAAUAAACUACCUGGAGUGAAAGAGGUGUGCCGAGACUUUGCCGUGCUGGAGGAUCACUGCUUGGCCCACAACCUCCAGGAACAAGAAAUUGAAAGCCACCUGGCGUCUAACAUCAACAAGAGCCGUCUGGUACAGAAGGACCUGCAGGUCGCCAAGAAGCUGCAGCAGGAGGAGGAUCAGAGGGCCAAAGUAGAGAACAAGAAACAGUACAACGAAAUUGAACGCCAAGAUAAUGAGAUCGCCCAGGAGAUUCAGGAAGAACUGGUCCGACAGGCAGAACAACAGAGGCAGCAGGAAGAGAAGGAUGCGGCGAUUGCUCGUAAGCUGCAGGAGAAGGAGAUGAAAGAAGAAAGGAAGAGACAGAAGCAGCUGGAGGCAAACUUCGAGGAGGAGUACUUUGAGGAUCAUGGAGCUGCAAGACGACCUCUCGACUUGGACAAACCCAGCCGCUACAAAUCCCCUGGACAAUAUGACACAUAUGCUCCAGUGAGCUCACACCGGGAGUACUCCCCUGAUUACAGCUCCACAGAGCCCAAAAGAAGCAGGUAUCCAAAACAGGACCCAGCAGCACCCCACAGCCGCUCCAGAUACCCCGAGCACUAUCCCGGGGCGGAAGGAGGCCGAAGCAGGCAUGCAGAUCCAUACCCAGAGCACCUUCUGCCCUCCAGGGGAAAGCAUUGGGACAGGUACCCAGAUUAUGAGCCUAUAGAGAGUGAGAGAGAGAGAGUGGUUAGGAGGAAGGAGAGACCAGACAGGCCCCCUCCACCACAGAGCCAAAUAGAAAGAGACAAGGGAGAGAGGGACCGGCAUCGAGACAGAGACAGGGGCAGAGAUGUGGAAUGGGAGAGGCACAUGGGAAGAGAUCACCGGAGAGACAGGGAGCAGGACUUAAGAUCAGAAAGAAGAGAGCGGGAAAGAUCGAGAGAUAGAGGACAUAGUGGAGACAGACAGAGAGAGAGAGACAGGCAAAGACAGAAAGACAGAGAGAGACGAGCGAGGACCAGGAGCAUGGAGAGAGGACUGGAAGAGGAGCCUGGGCACAGCAGGGACUGGCCCAGAGUGGCCAGGGCAUCCUGGGAGGAGGAGGGGGAUGAUGCUGAGAGGGAGAGGAGGGCCAGGGGCCGGCCAAGGGUCCACUCGGGCCCCGAAGAGGUGUUCGAUGAGCUCAGGGGUGACUCCAGGGAGUUGUGGGACCCUCGCGUGGGGGAAGGUCCCAGCAGGGAGCACACCAAUACUCACCCCAGCGGAGACACAGGUCGUAUUGUGCAUCGAGGGAGUGGAGCUGUAGUAGCAGAAACCGAGUAUGGACUGAGUGAAGCCACUAAAGGGCUGACAAAACUCGAUCUUCGUGAGCAGGAGCUGAAGGACAUGGAGGUGGCCAGGAUGCUGCAGGAGGAGGAAAUCAAGGCGAGCAAGAUGCAUGUGCGUGCAGCACAAGUGGCACAGGACGAGGAAAUGGCCCGCUUGCUGAUGGAACAAGAGAAAAAGGAGUACAGAAAGAAUCGAGAGCUAGAGAAGGAAAAAGAGAGAGAACGGGAAAAGGAGAAGGAGCGAGAGAGGGAGAAGUUGGCCAUGGAGAGGAUGGCGAUGGAAAGAUGGCGCCUGGAGGGAGACCACAGGCCAAGUUCAGAAGAAGUUGUCCGACCUAGAACGCGGGAGGAGUAUGAUUACCAGAAGCAGAGGAACCACAACAAGCCUACUAGGCCUCCACAGCCUCGUGCACAUGACUAUGAGAAUGUGAACUCUGGCUAUGGCUAUUCAGACCAUCCUGUUCCUCCCCGAGCUCCUACCAGACCAGACGCUGCUUACAAAGGUGCCUAUUACAGGCGGUGACUCAGGCUCUCUGCCAAGUCCAGACAUGCUGUCAGUCCUCCUUCGUCCUCCGUCUUUAAUUUAUCUUUUUGUUUUCAACCAUUCACACUCUGUUGACCAAAAGCCUUGGGACAAUCUAAUGAGUUGGAUGUUUUUUUUGUUCCUUACCCUCCAAAGUUGGCCCAGAGUUCAACAAGUGGUGCUGGAACCACAAUCAACCUUUUUUUUUUAUUUUGUUGUACAUGAUGAUUUAAUAUAAAAAUUUCUUUAAACUGACACCACAUAAAAAGCCAAAAUAGCAGCCCUGUGACAUAAUCUCCCAUGAUUCUUAGCUGUUAAAAUGGAGGAUUCGGCUCCUCACCUACUGUGGUUGUGUGCUGAUGUUCGUCCCAUGUGUGGACCAUGCCAUCACAAGGGCUUAAGGCCUCUGCUGGAAACAACUAUGUGCAAUCUCAAUAAUCCUCGUGACUUCUUCAUGGGAUGUGCCUGUCUGCUCCAUCAUGGCUGCCAAAGUGUCUUACAUUGCAACAUGGCAGCUGCUUUGUUACACCCAUGCGCCCUGCAGUUCUGCUCUCUUUCUCACUCUGCCAUCAGCAGGGGGAUGCAUUUCUGUUUCUUUAUCCAGAGAAGACAAAAAAUAAGCCUUUAUCAACAUGCUGGUAGUUUUUGACACCUUUUUCCAGUGCAGAGGAGGCGGAGCUUUGUGAUGAUCCAUGGGUUUUUUAUUGGCUGUAGGCUGUCUUUUUUGUUUUCUUUUUACUUGUGAGGAGAUUGUUUUAACCCAUCACCCUUAAACUGAAGUGGAUGGAUGAUACUGUGUUGAACUCACUGUUUUUAUGUGCAUGCUUACUGAAAGUGUACAACUGUGUACAUGCAUUUCAGCUCUGUAUCAAGGCUCCCUUUUUUGGCGUCAAAAAGGGCUACAGCCAUAGAAAGCCAAAACUCCUUUCCUAGUGAAUGAAGUUAAUGUUACCUUAUUCUGCUGUACAAUAUAUCACUUUUCUGCAACUUUUUCAUAUCAUUUACAAACCAAGUCUUGGCCUAUAAAUAGACACUUUUCAAAUGAAAUGCAUGUACAUUGCUUGUCUGUUGUCAAAUCUGAAUUCAUGCUUGUGCUUAUGGCUCAAAUGUAGUCUUAUUGAUUUAUUUAAAUGUAAAUAUACAUGUUUUUAAGUUUUUUUGUACUCAUGCUACCAAAUAUCAUUCCUCGUCAUGGAAAUCCAAAAGUCUUUCUUUCAUCCCUUCUUAUGUCCAUUCUUUGUUCAGAAAAAGGGAGCCAUAUAAAUAUAUAUAUUUUUUUUAUACCACAUUUUCCCAUUGUUCCUUUAAUUUCCAUUCCCCAAAGCUUUCCUGCUGUCACUUCCAGUCCUCUUCUCUUUGUCUCAAACUCAACAGCAGACAUCACUUCCUGCCUGCAGAAAAAGCAAACACUCUCACAAUAGAAGAGCAAUCUGGAUGGAGGAAAGUCAUUCAUGGGGUCAGCUAUAAAACUUCACUUCUUAAAGGACUUUUACUGCUCUGGUAUCUAUUAUUUUUGUUCAUAUUGAAUAAGGAUGAAAAGGAAAAUAGAGAAGCACAUUCAUCUUCAAAUGGAUUCAAUCUUGCUGCAUUCAGGUUCUUAUGUUGUAUAAAUAUUGCUGAAAUCAGCUCCUAGAAUAAUUCCCUUCCUGUUUGGAGUUCUGAAAAUGUUCACUUUUCUUAACCUAGGUGUGAGAUGUUUGUGCUGCUGAGGACGGGCAUGCAGAAUUAGAAUACGGCGUGCUAAAUGCCAGACAGAUUGAGAUUUGUGCCAAUGUUUUUAGUGUUUUCAGGGACUUAAAAAUGGGAAAAGCUUAAAGUAGUUGUGAAUGUGGCAGAGCUACCACACCCAAGAAGUGGGAUUUAUAAUUUAUUCUUUGGUGGGAGCACCACCUUGUGGACAUGGUGACAAUUGCCUGGCAAACAAGUAUCAAGCAUCUUUGUGUAUUUGUGGAUGUUGUGCAUCAGACGUUACUUUGGAAUUGAGUGUUGUCUUCAUCAAACAUCUAGUGUUAUUUUUUUUAAUGCCAGGGCUUGUAUGCAAUCGACCAAUCAUGAAUCAACACAUACUGUACAUGUAUGUGUUGGCACUUGCUGUAACAGAACUUUUUUUAAGUAAAAUGAAUUAAGUUGCUUUUACCUAUUGCAUCUCAAAAUGUAAUAAAAUGUAUCA